AGGGUAGCUUCGUAACUCCACAUUCUCGUAAACCUAACGCUUCUUGUCUUCUACAACGUCGUUUCGUAGCAUAUUUCGCCUGAACUGAUCUCCAUGCCCGACUCUCUCCUCUUUCCUCUCUUGAAUCGCUAAAUUAGGGUUUUUCUGAUCCAAAGUCUUGAACCCUAAUCUCAAUAAUUAGGGUUUUUCCACGACGAAGUUUAAGUCCUACUGUCACCCUUGAUGAUCACGCAAGACCUCUCUGCUCGUCUUCCAACCUUGCACCUUCAAGCUCGCCCAACUUCAAACUUUUGUGCGUGGUCGAUUUGGGAUCCCGAUUCAACAAGUUCUGACAUUUUUUCUGCUAAUUGCAGCUAAAGCUACAGUUUUUCAGCCUCUAUCUUGCGAUACCCUCCCAAUUUCGACACCGCAAAUUCGCAAAACAUCAGAAACCAUCCAGUGUCUGUGCUUUGGAUCCAUGGACCUUGAUGGGGGCAACAAGCGCGUGUACCAACGAUUAGGUGGACCCUCAGGGGACUCGAAGCAUCAGAAAGUGUGCUAUCACUGGCAAGCUGGCAAGUGCAAUCGUCACCCAUGCCCUUUUCUUCAUAGCGAGUUGCCAACUCCCAAUGUUAAUGGUACCUCUUCGAAGAGGCCUCAUGGUUCUGCUGACAAUUCCGGAUUUUCGGGACAUCGCCGGAACCCUCACUUCAACAACACAUGGGGUCGCGGUGGUGGUCGUGGUGGCGGUCGCGGUGCCAGUGGUGGAGUUGUUGGUGGUGACAUGAGUGUAGUUAGGAAGGCUGAUAAAGUUUGUAAUUAUUGGAUUCAGGGGAAUUGUAAUUUUGGUGAGAGGUGUAAGUUCCUUCACUCUUGGAAUACAGGGGAUGGGUUUUCUAUGUUGACACAGCUUGAAGGCCAUCAGAAGGUUGUUAGUGGAAUUGCCUUUCCUUCUGGCUCGGAUAAGCUUUAUACUGGAAGUACUGAUGAGUCUGUAAGGGUUUGGGACUGCCAGUCUGGAAAGUGUGUAGCUGUGAUCAAUCUUGGUGGUGAAGUAGGUUGCAUGAUCAGUGAAGGUCCUUGGGUUUUUGUAGGCAUACCUAAUUUUGUGAAGGUCUGGAACACACAAAAUUCAAUGGAACUAAGUCUAAAUGGUCCUGUUGGACAAGUUUAUGCACUUGUUGUGAAUAAUGAUAUGCUCUUUGCUGGUACACAGGAUGGAUCUAUAUUGGUAUGGAAGUUCAAUGUAGUUGCUAACUGCUUUGAGCCAGCUGCAUCACUUAAGGGUCACACGCGUGGUGUUGUUUCAUUAGUUGUUGGAGCUAAUAGACUCUACUCUGGUUCAAUGGACAAUACAAUAAGAGUCUGGAAUCUUGAAAAUUUGGAGUGUUUACAGACACUAACAGACCACACGUCUGUCGUGAUGUCUGUUCUCUGUUGGGAGCAGUUCCUUUUGUCUUGUUCAUUGGACAAAACAGUAAAGGUGUGGUAUGCUACUGAAAGUGGAAACUUGGAAGUGACAUAUACUCACAACGAAGAGCAUGGAAUAGUUACUCUCUGUGGAAUGCACGAUGCACAUGGCAAGCCCAUUUUGUUGUGCUCUUGCAAUGAUAAUACUGUGCGCCUCUAUGACCUGCCAUCAUUUGCAGAGAGAGGCAAGAUAUUUACAAAACAAGAGGUACGGGCAAUUCAGGCAGGGCCUAAUGGCUUAUUCUUCACUGGUGAUGGAACUGGUCAAGUCAAAGUGUGGAAUUGGACACCGGAGCCAAUACCUACCAUUCAAUAAAAUGGAUACUUUCCGUAAUUUGUUAUAGUAGUUUUUUGUGGUGUACCUUUUUGUAAUUUUUUUCAAAUGCAAGAAGGGAAUUCAAUAUUAAGGUUGGUACGCGGAGGAUUUGAGAGAGAGAGAGAGAGGAGAAGAGGGCAGAGGGGUGUAUUUGUAAUUUAAGUUUGCGGAAGGUAAUAGUCUGUCUUCUAGAGUUUUGAGCUGUGGUUUUGGUGUUGAGUUUGUAACCUUGGCACAAAGGCUGUGCUCAAGUAGGAGUCCCUAUUAAGUUCUCAAUAUUUUGUGAAAUUACAAUACAGAUUAAACAUUUGUUACCUUUUCUCCUGCUGGUCCUAUGUAUGUAUCACAAAUAAAUUUUGGUUA